GAUCUAGUAGAACAUAGGGUAAACAUUUGAAAACCAGCAACACCUAAAUGGACAUACCACUAUCGCAGCUCCCAAAACACCUUAAAAACCAUUUAUAAAAACGACUAAUUUUGACAAACGAAGCAAAUAUUUAUUGAAAAGUGGGCUAGUGGGCUGCCACCAUAGUAACUACAGUGUUUUGUAAACACGAAAAAACCUGACAUUUUUUUGCACAAAAUGCAGAAUCCCGCACAUAUUACGGAAAAAAGCAAAAGAAAUCGUACUGGAUUUACUUCCAGCGAAGUCUCGGCAAAUGUACGAAAAGGAAUAUCAAAUAUUCCUACGAUGGAAAGAAGGAAAAAAAAAAUUGUAGUAGUAGAUGAAGAUGUAAUGUUAAAUUAUCUUCAUGAAAAGUCACAAGAAGUAAAACCAUCUACUCUCUGGUCAAAAUAUUCAAUGAUUAAAGCUGUUUUGUCUGUCAAAGAAAAUAUUGAAACAAACAAGUUUUUCAGAGUCAUUGCGUUUUUAAAGAGAAAUUCAGUAGGAUACGAGCCCACGAAAUCAAAAGUUUUGACACGUCAAGAAAUUGACACAUUUUUGACAAAUGCAGACGAUAUGAAAUAUUUAUUAAUAAAGGUUGCCCUUCUUUUUGGUGUGUGUGGUGCAUGUAGGCGUGAGGAGCUACAUUCACUAAAAAUUCAAGAUAUUAUCCAAAAAGACGAAGAAUGUCUAAUUAUAACAAUUCGUGAUACUAAGAGCAACAUUAAGAGAGUCCUUCCAGUGAUAGCUAAAGGCAAAGCUGUCAAUGGCCUGGAAUUAUACCAGAAGUUUUUACGAUUACGGCCCGAGACAGUUUAACACGAUUAUUUUUUCAUUUGUUAUCGUAAUGGAAAAUGCACAGUCCAACGUGUAGGAAUUCAUUCUUUUGCGAAAAUGCCCUCGGUUGUUGCUGAAUUUCUUAACCUCCCCAAUCCCAAGGACUAUACAGGGCAUUGCUUCCGACGAAGUUCUGCAUCUCUGGCGGCUGAUAGUGAUGUUGAUUUAAUCUCCUUGAAACGGCUAGGAGGAUGGAAGUCGUCUUCUGUCGCAGAAUCAUAUAUAGAAGAAUCUGUUGAAAGGAAGAAGAAGAUAUGCAGACAGUUAUUGGGAGAAAAGCAAAACGAAUCAUCGACUAACACACUAUAUAUAGUUACUACUGAAGCUACAUCCACGACAUCAAGAGACAUCAGCCUGAUACCUUCAAGCUCCUCAGGUAUUUCGUUUGGAUACAACAGU